AUGAUUCAAGUUCUCUUUCUUUAUAUCAUUAGAAGAAGAAGUCGCAAUUCAAGCCAGGUGUUCUCGGAGUAUCAAUAUUUAAUAGAGUAGACCACAACAAUUAAGUCAAUUUGCCCCAGUACCUAAACGAAAGGAAUCCUCAAGAAAAUCUUCAGUCAUUAUAAGCUAAACUAUUAGAAAAAGUGUUUAAUAAUAUAGAAAUAGUACUAUAAAAGUGGAAGGAGUUGAGGAUAACCAAUCGAUGGGCAUGAAUUCAAAUCAUUACAUCAAGGCUAUAAUGAAGGAAUAGAAAUUGUAAAGGAAGAAAUCUAUAAAGAUUGAAUCACCAAAUAGUACAAUCUUGUAAGUUCAAUUUCCAUAAAAUAAAUCUCAAACUGAAAACCCUGAAAGUCAAAGAGAUCCAUUCUAAGAAUUAAUUGGAGAUUAGAAACCUUAGUUAGAGAAAUUAGAUAUAAUCAUAUAUGUGACCUAUUAUGUCGAACGUAUUGGAUUUGAAUAAGGAUUAAUCUUAUUACUUUGGUAUUUAGAUGUAAACUUUUACAUCUUUAUUCCAAUUUCCUUAUUUGCAGGAGUUGUGAUGAGAAUACAAGAAAAAUUUGGAUAUAGAUUGAUUUAAAAGAUACUUUUAAUUUUAAUCCAUGGACUUCUGGUACUUGAGACAUAUCUUAUCAUAGCAAAUGAUUAUGAAACAUUUUGUUAUUUAAUUGUAUUGGGAAUAGAAACUGUGUUUAGUAUAAUAUCCUACAUUCUACUGAAAAAAUGUAAAUGA